UGAUAAGUAUGGUUUUAGUAUGGUUUUAUUUGCUGCUUUGGAUUUGGGGUUUUUGAAUUUCAUAUCAUAUAAUUAAUAUGUAUGUAGAUGUAGAUUGAGAGAUGAGAGAGAGAGAAAGGGUAUGAAACUGAAGUUACUGUUACUCCCGCGACGCCAUUGUUACAUCCUUGUUCUCCAUCUUCCCAAUUACUAUUACUAUUACUAUUAUUAGUACAUACAUACCCACUGUUCCUCACCUCAUAAUGGUUCUUCCUUUUCUCUCUCUUUUGAUUCUUAUUUAGGUUUAUUGGACUGAUUGAUCACUCUGUUUCGCCAUCUCUUUUUCUUUCUACCCGAUUCGAGACCUUCCUUCCUUACCUAGUACCCACCACCACAAUACCAUAGAAACUCAUCCGAAUUCAAUUGAUUCCCAGUAUAUUUCUACUAGUUCUUGGGUUUUUCUAGGGUUUUCCUUCUACUAUGCUGCUUAAUCUUUAUUGGGUCGUAUUUACUUUCCCUUGUCAAUAGUAUUUUCGAUCUGAUUACCCUUUACCGACUUAUAUCCAACUUCCCCUUUUGCUCGAAAAAAAAAAAGGAAAAAAGAGAAAAGAAAUUGUCUUUCAUGGCGUAUCACCAUGUUCCGGGUCCGAGCUCGGGAUCGAGUUCCAGUUCUGGGUAUCAGUUUCUUAAUUCCCCUUUUGGGGAUACUACUUACACAAAGGUUUUCGUGGGCGGUCUCGCUUGGGAGACGCAGAGCGAGACUAUGAGACGUUACUUCGAGCAGUUUGGGGAUAUUCUGGAGGCAGUUGUCAUCACUGAUAAGAACACUGGACGAUCCAAAGGCUACGGUUUUGUGACUUUCCGGGACCCGGAGUCUGCUAGAAGAGCCUGUGCUGAUCCAGCUCCAAUUAUCGACGGCAGGCGCGCAAACUGCAAUCUUGCUUCCCUUGGCCGGCCUAGGCCACCUAUGCCCUAUGGACGUCCAAGACCUUCGGCUCAAUACAUAGGAAACAUGCAAACUGCUCGUGGGAGUUAUGUUGGAAGUUUUGGGUACCAACAACAACCUCUCUCUUACAGCUACCAAGGGCUAAUGUAUCCACCUUAUGGGAAUUCAAAAGUUUUAGUUGCGGAGGAUAUGUGCCCAGAUCAAUGUUUAUUGAGCAGGUAUGCAACAUAUGGACCAGAGUAUGUGUAUCCACAGAGUGGUUACAAUCCGUAUGCUGGUCAGCAAUAUCUUCAGAUAUAUGGAGUACCUGCGGCAGUUAAUUCAGCUGUUUAUCCAUAUGGACAAGUAGGUCAAUCUGUUCCUAGCGGUCAGGGUUAUACCAAUAUGCAUGGAUAUACAAUGCAAAGUCAUCAACUAGUGCAGUUUAGUGGACCUGGGGUGAACCCUUUAACAACUUCACCUAUGCCUACGAUGCAAACACCAUAUCCUACAGGUAUGGCAGCACCUGUUAUGGCCCAACCACAGUUUAUAGUUCCUGCUCCAUCUCAGUAUGUACACGGUGGCAGUUCUGACCAAACAUCUGGGUGAGGGGUUGAUUGAGGUAUCCUUAGAUUGCAGCAGGACUAAGAGCAGGGGAACUGCUACUUGAGUGGCAGGCUUCGAAUCUAGCCUUGCAAAUUGUUUGUUUUGCAUUCUAGAGGUCAUACAUAGUCAUGCUCACCAGAGAAGUCAGAUGUCUGUGUCGUCGCUCCAGAUGGGUGGAGAAGGAUUUUGGAGGAUGGCAGGGCUGUUCUUCCUCUAAAGAUCUUUCCGUUUAGCAUAUCUAAACCCUUUGUAAACUUCCAUUGCUCAGACAGAGCUGUCAUGGAUUGGUGGGUGCCGGAAAUGGCUUCCGGCCACCCAAGUAGGAAUAAGAACUAUGUAAAAAAAAAAAAGUCGACACGUUAGAAUCAACAUAUGAUUCUUUUAUAGCUUAGUCUUCCCAGCAUUUUGGGUGUAUAGAGUCUCUGGUGUUAUCUAUCUUCGUGGGUUCAUUGUUGUUUAGAUGUGAUAUGUCUUAAUGUGCAUAUCAGUCUUAGGAUUUUUUUUUUUAUUUUUCUUUUUAAAUUUCAAAAAACUGAGCUCCUACAAUCUGGAUGAUUCUAGGGGCUGGCUUCGUAACCAAAGCAGAAGCUUCAAGUAUUUAUUAUUGUUUUUUUUUAAAAAAAAAUUAUUUGUGUGCCUA